UCUCAAACUGAGAUACAGGGGUAUAAUACAGCCCAUAGUUAAUAUAGGCUAAUCAACGGAUUACUUCGCAUCGCCUCAAGUUUGUUCUCUCGACGACGGUUCAGACAGGGAAAUGAAUGAUGAGUUUAGUAGGAAGGAAAUACGACUUAUGGUGUUUUGCGUUCAGGAAACGAGUGAAGCCGACAUUCACCCGCAUACUACAUAGGAAGAGAAAUAACUGACUCAUUCUUUUUCAUUGCUGUCCCUUUCUCUCAUUUCCGUGCAAAUAACGAUCAAGAUUAACCCCGCUUUUAAAACGUAACCUUCGGGAGGUCUUGUCAGGAGAGCGACCACCCAUGAUGCAAGCUGCCAGUUUUGUAACCGUGGUGACGGCCAUUUUCUACCACCUCAGCAGAGUGGGGUAUGAGAACAACGCUCCCAUGACGGUGCAACAAGAGGAAGGGGUUCAGCUGGCGCCUUCUCCAAAAGCCCAAGAGGUGUCGAGAUCAGAGCGAGAUUUUUGUCCCGUGUACCAGCAGCUUCCUCCGGGAGGUCAGGCACAGACUUACGUACGCCAGAGUGGCCUCAACAGUACUCACGCGGACGGCGGGCCCAAUGGCGUCGGCGACGUCCUCCUCUGGCUCCUCGUGCACUUCCUGUGGAGAUGGCUGCGGAGCCCAAACUCCCGGGACCCCGCUCGGGCCCGGGCUGAGGACCGCGUCCUCGCUGAGGGGUCGGUCCCGGUCUGUCCCCGGGCGCUUCGUCUGGACGACGGCGGCGGCGGCGGCGGCGGCGGCGUCCUGGGGGGGGGCUUCUACGAGAGGUGCGUCCGCGGCGCCUCGCAGGAGCGCUGGCGGGCGCUGGAGUUCGUGGAGGGCUUUUCCGACGACCUGCUGGGAGCCCUGAGGCGCACGCUCGGCGGGGAGGCCGACCUGCGGGUGGAGGACUGCGUCGGCGUGGGGAGCGUGUACGAGUCGUGGCGGGCGGGCGAGCCCCUGGCGUGCGACCUGCUCGUCCCCCUCGCCCCGCCGGAGCCCUACCGUUUCAGUUUUCGGCUUUGGCACGGCCCCGGUAACGGCGCCCGUCCCGUUAGGCAGGCCUCGGGGAGAAUCCGGCUUGAGGGGCCCGCCGGGGACGAGGCCGGCUGUCUCUGCGCCACGACCGGCCCCGAGGAGGACGUGCUGUGUUUGGUGCACGGCCCACGCGCGACGACAAACGCCGACGUCCUGGAGAGCCUCUUGUGCUCGAAGGACACGCCGUACCUCGCCAGGGACCGGGUCACCAAGUGGUUCCGAACAGCUGUCGCGAAAGCGUGGGGGCAGAUCUCCCACAAGUACGACUUCGAGCUCACGUUUCGCAACCCGGACUCCCCGGGAGCUCUGAGGGUCAGGUUCCGAUCGGGGAAGACCGUCGUCUUCAACCUCACUCCGGUCGUCCGCUUCGAAGAUUCGGACGCUUAUUUCGUCUCGCACUUCGCGUCGGACGCGGGCGACCGUUCGCCCACCUCCUGGCCCCUGUCCUUCGCGGUCUACGAGAAGCGCCUGCUUAAACAUUUGGCUGAAAGGUUGCCGGAAGAUUCGUGCCACCUCCGCUGCCUUCAGAUCGUGUCGUUCCUGCACAAGAAGCAGGUCGGCCUGACGGGCGGGACCUCCCUGAGCGUCUACCACCUGAAGACCGCGCUGCUCCAUCUACUCUUGGACAAGAGGCCCUCGGAGUGGUCCGCCACACACCUGGAAAACCGUGCCUGCGACCUUCUGGAGUUCGUCCGGGAGGGUCUUCGGAAGACGGAGCUCCUUCACGCCUUAAUCGGGAACGGUCGGGUUCCGAAGGAAGUCGGAAUUCCGCCCGUCUUCCGCGCGGCCGAGCCCGUCGAUCUUUUCCGCCCCCUCGCGGCGCAGGAACGUCUGCGCGCCGGAGCGGCUGAGCACUUUGGGGAGAUGCUCAGGAACGCAGCCCUGCUGAUGCAGGAAUACGCGCUCCGCUGGGCCCGGGGCUGAGAACGCAUCCCGCUUCAAGGCCCCAGACUCUCAUCACGGUCAUCGUUUGCGAGGCGCCGCGUGGGAACGUCGUCGAUGGAAAACUGUCGUUCCCGUUUAAAACGGCAAUGUUUGUUGAGAACACCAACGUAAAAGUUUCACGCUCACUUUUAUUUUAUUUUUUUACAGUCAUUGCAACCUGUUAAAUGCUCUUUCAAGGAGCUAGGAUGAAGGAUUUUUUAGCGAGGAAACAUGAAUGCAUCCUCUGCGGAAGCUUUUUUUCCCCCAGAAUGUGACAAAUGAUUGACGUGUGGAUCCAGCUUUCCCCAUCUGCUAUGUCUGUAAUUGAUGUGGCUUCAAAGAGACGCUUGAAAUGAAAAGGACUUUCCAUUUGCCCAACACACAUUUCCUGGAAAAAUCAUUGUGUAGCAAUUUCUUCCAGCCCAACUCUUUUGCCUCAGCAGUCUCUAGUGCUUACACACAAAAAAAGAAUUUAGAGUCAGAGUCUGCAGUACCAUAGCCAUGAUGUAAAGGUAAUUGGCAUCCAAGUUUAGUAAUGCAAGCUAGUUACCCAUUUAAACUCGUUAUUUGAGGAAAGCGAUUCCCAAGUGCGGUUUAAGCAAAGGAAUGGACUUUAAGCUUGGCACGUUCUGCUUUGGAUUCAUGAGGUCACAAAAUAAAAUGACAUUUGCUAACCAGUGA